GUCACCGCCGGUGGGGAGAGAUGACAGCGUGACACUUUUUUAACAGCAACCUCCCUGCAUGUCCAAAGAGUCCCCAUGGAUGACCUGACCCAAGCCCUCUCGGCCAGCUUUGCUGUGUCCAAGGAGUCCAACAGCACGGCCUGCCCCCACCCUCGGCUGGCCCAAUACAAGAGCAAGUACAGCGUGCUGGAGCAGAGCGAGCGACGCCGGCGCUUCCUUGACCUGCAGAAAAGUAAAAGGUUAAACUAUGUCAACCAUGCACGGCGUCUGGCUGACGGGGACUGGACAGGAGCAGACAGCGAUGGGGAGGAGGACAUGGAGAAAAAGGAAGAGGGGGAACGGGAGCAAGAUGACAAAGCAGAGGAGGAAGAGGGGAUGGAGAUUGAGAGGAGGAAGCUGCCAAAACAUUAUGCUAACCAGCUCAUGCUGUCAGAGUGGCUAGUGGAUGUGCCAUCAGAAUUGGACACUGAAUGGAUAAUGGUGGUUUGUCCUGUGGGGAAAAGGUCUCUCAUUGUUGCCUCCAAGGGUUCCACUGCAGCGUACACUAAAAGUGGCUACUGUGUGAAUCGUUUCCCCUCCCUGCUGCCUGGUGGGAACAGACACAACUCCGCCAUGGGAAAAGACUACACAAUCCUGGACUGCAUUUAUAGUGAAGUGGACAGAACGUACUACAUCCUGGACGUCAUGUGCUGGAGAGGCCACCCGGUCUAUGACUGCACGACCCAGUUCCGUUUCUACUGGCUCCAAUCCAAAGUCCAGGAGACGGACGGCCUAUCAGAGAUCGCCAAACGCAACCCCUUCCGGUUUGUGAGCCUCCAGAACACAGACUGCACAGCAGAAUCGAUUAAGAAAGCCCUGGCAGCCGAGUACAGCUUCAGUGUGGAUGGUCUCCUUUUCUACCACCAGCAGACCCACUACACCCCUGGCAGCACCCCUCUGGUGGGCUGGCUCCGCCCCUACAUGGUCACCGACAUCCUGGGUAUCGAGGUUCCCGUCGGAGCCCUCACCGCCAAGCCAGAGUACGCCAGCCACCAGCUGCAGCAGAUCCUGGAGCACAAAAAACCAUCGAGUGAAGUCCGCCCCGCCAAUAACAGCGGAGGCUACGAGUUAGAAUACCUGUCCACGCCGAGCCAGGACGGAGGGGACGGACUGAACUUUUUAAAUCAAAACCCAAUAAGGGAAGCGCACAUGGAGAGCUAAGUGGGAGGCUUAAAGAGAUGCAAAUUGCUAACUCAGUGUUUCUGAGUGAUGGCGGCCCACAUAUGGCUCUUUAGAAUAUCUCCUGAAUGGUUCUGCAGAUCUGACCAAUUGCAAAGCAUGGCUAAUUCUAAUCCGGCACUGCUCAGGACGCCCUCAGAGUGCAGAUUAGUAGAGCUAUGCUGUAUAUGUGUCUGACACUUACAUCCUUUUUAAACAUUCCGUUGAACUCGGAAACUUGUUUUCUUCGAGAGAGAAAUGACUGCACAAUAUUUAGCCACUGUAAUUAUUACGUCACAGUCUGUUAUGCAGAUUACUGUCAUGACAGCGUGGGUAGUCACAUCUGAAAAAAAGGGCCUGAGAGGUUUAACGUGUGAGAUAUAGUGCAAGGUGCAGCACAUUUUGUGGUCAAGUGUUAUUUUGAUGCUCUGCACACUUUGUCCUUUUUGCAUUUUAAACAGAUGCCACAUGAAAAAACUUCUCACCCUCAUUGUUGUCAGCUGCAGGCUUUCUUCUACCACUGAUACUCUCUCAUCUAAACAAGCUUGCCGUUUUGGUGUAGUGUGUGCAUGUUGGACGGAUGAGACGACUGGUCAGACCUUGUGAGAUCAUGUGGAUAUGGACUUUUUAAUGUUAAAAUUUCGAAUUGCUUCAAAGGUAUUUUUAAGUCUAUUUUCCUAAAUAAAUGUUUUUUUUAAUUGC